UUCUUUUCAUGUUAACGUCUACAUUCUAUACUUGAAUGCAAGACUGAGGAUAAGGUAAUUUCUCUUACGGCAGUCCCACAUCCAAGUUCCUCAUCCAACUUAUACUACAGCUUACACACCUUAUCCAUUAGAAAUGUCUUGUGACUUCAUAAUUCCUCCCUCUUAUCUGCACUCUUCUUCUUCCUCCUUUCUCUGUAAGCAACGGCUAAAGCUUUAUAAUGCGUUUCCUUUCAAGCUCAGACUACCCGUUUCGACAAGGCCUCUGAUUGUUCAAGCCGAGUCCAGAACCAGAGAGGAGGACCGGAUUGCUAGCCAGUCUCGUAUCCCCAACAAGAAUCAAGAUGCUGAACGGAAGGGUCAGGAUCUUCAAACACUUGCCCGGAGGUUCUGGAAAGUUGCUGCUCCCUAUUGGUCCUCAGAUGAUAAAGUUCAAGCUAGGUUGCAGCUGGCUGCAGUCUUUGCCCUUACUUUAGGGACCACUGGUAUCAGUGUUGGUUUCAAUUUCCUUGGUCGUGAUUUCUAUAAUGCCCUUGCCAACAAAGAUCAAGAACAGUUCACCAAGCAACUAUUGUACUACCUUGCUAGUUUCGCUGGUGGUAUUCCGGUUUUUGUGUUGAGAGACUAUGCACGUGAAACACUAGCAUUAAGAUGGAGAUCUUGGAUGACAAGCUAUUACAUGGAGCGCUAUUUGAGGAAUCAGACUUUUUACAAAAUACAAUCACAAUCAAUAAUUGACAACCCUGAUCAGCGAAUUGUUGAUGAUUUGAGUUCCUUUACAGGAACAGCUCUUGCAUUUUCUUUGACACUUUUCAAUGCUGCAGUAGACUUGAUAUCUUUUAGCAAUAUCCUGUAUGGCAUCUAUCCACCGCUUUUUCUCGUGCUUCUUGCAUAUUCUAUUGGUGGAACAGCUAUUAGUGUAUUUCUUGGAAGGGGAUUAGUGACCCUCAACUUCAUGCAAGAGAAAAAAGAAGCAGAUUUCCGCUAUGGGCUAGUGCGCAUUAGGGAGAAUGCCGAAUCAAUUGCAUUUUAUGGUGGUGAGGAAAAUGAGAUGCAACUAUUGCUACAACGUUUCAAAAGUGCUUAUGAAAACCUAACGCAAUUAUUGAUAUCUUCCAGGAAUUUGGAGUUUUUCACAAAUGGUUACCGCUAUCUGAUUCAAAUUCUUCCUGCUGCAGUUGUCGCACCCAUGUAUUUCUCUGGGAAAAUUGAAUUUGGGGUCAUAAAUCAAUCUGUGUCUGCAUUUAACCAUAUUCUUGGGGAUUUCUCCUUGAUUGUUUAUCAAUUUCAGGCUAUUAGUGCAUUUUCAGCCGUCAUUGAUCGACUAGGUGAAUUUGAUGACAUUUUGGAUAGCAGCACCAGAAAAAAUAAUGAGUCCACAGAAGAGAUAAAAUUGAAGUAUUGCUAUCUAAGCAGUUCAACUGACCUGCAUUCAAAUGGAUCCAUUUCAUCCAGAAACUGUGUGAAGGUAUUGGGUAUUGAGCAGUUGACCCUACAGACACCAAUGAGUAAAGAACCUCUUAUAAAUGGCUUGUCAUUGGAGGUUUUUGAAAAAGAUCAUUUGCUGGUUACAGGACCAAGUGGGAGUGGCAAAACUUCAUUAUUGAGAGCUAUAGCUGGUCUUUGGAACUCUGGAAAGGGAACUAUAACAUUCUAUGCCAAACAUAAAAGGGAAUUACCUCUUUCUUCAGAUAUUGUUUCUUGUGAAGUCAUUUCAACAGAUGAGAUAAAUGUGGACAGUACUGUGCAUAGAGAGAAGAAUCGUGGAGGUGUAUUUUUCCUUCCACAAAGGCCAUAUAUGGUUUUGGGAACACUUCGUCAACAGUUGUUAUAUCCAACUUGGACUGAAGAUUCGGAUUUUAUGGAGAAUCUCACCGAACAAACUGAUUCUCCAUCAUUCUUGGUGCGUUCUCCUGGAGCACAGUAUGUGGAUGUAGAUUCUAAAAAGCCCACAACGGAUGAUCUAAUCCAAGUUCUAAAGGAUGUUCGGCUUGGGUAUUUAUUAUCUCGUUUUGAUGGUCUAGAUUCUAUGCAUGAAUGGUCAAGUGUUCUUUCCCUAGGAGAGCAACAACGUCUUGCAUUUGCAAGACUAUUAUUAUCAAAGUCCUACUUGGUUCUACUGGAUGAAUCUACAAGUGCUUUAGAUGAAGCCAAUGAGGAGCAUUUGUAUCAGCUAAUUCAAGCUGCAGGGAUAACAUAUGUAAGCAUUGGCCACCGUUCAACCCUCAAUAAAUACCAUAAGAAGAUGUUGCAAAUAUCGUCGACUGCUGAUCCAACGAGUACAAAGCCAAAUUGGUGCAUUGAUUCCAUUCCAUAGGACAAGAUUCCUUGGUAUAAUAGCUAAGCUGAAGAAUCUUGUUUCUUUCUUGUAAAUAGGACCAAUUUUACAAGUGAUUAAGAAUAUAAUUUGUACAGGGUUCGAGUCAGCAUCUAUCUGGAAAGUAUUACGAAGUACGAGUUUAGAGGCUGAGUGCUACGAUGCUCACUAAUUUUCUUUAAUUUUAUUUUGCAUUAUGUGUAGUGUAAUUUAUUGUACCUGUAAAGACUGUCAUCCCAAGUUCAGACUAUCGUAGCAAAUGAGAUAUCUUUCUUUUUUCUUUUUAGUUUUGAAAGCAGCGCCAACCUAUAGUACCAGCAACUACCGAUAAAGAGUACGUGGUUUGCCGCAUUGUAAUUUGUUGUUGAUUAGGGUCACAAGUGAGAUUUUAUUGAGUGCACACCUUUAAUAA